UAACACUAUUGAUCUUUGUUGACUUACUGCUACGUUCUUUAUCAUAUUAGCAGCUGUAAUUUAGGGCGUUAAUUAGGCCUAGAUACUAGCUCUAUCGUCUAUUAGAGUCUCAACUUUGUACCCUUUCUAAUGACUUUAUGUCAUUACGUUUAUUAGCAAACUGUCUCUUAAUAAUGAAGUUAAUUUUAUUUGAAGAGAUCUAGAAUCUUGCUUGAUUAGAGUCUAAUCAUUAGACCCCUAGCCCUAGUGACUAGGAGUAGGAGUAGGACUCAGUAACUUAGGACUUAAUAAUAAUUAAUAGAUCUAGAUUCUAGAUUAUCUACUGCUAAGGUCUAUACUUGUCUGUCUCUUGAUUCUCUAUUCUAAAGAGAUCUUUGUCCCACUUGAUCACUUGACAUUAGAUUUAUUUAGAGUGAAAUUUCAAACACAACCAAUUCUUUUUGUUUGAAAAUCCAGAGUAGUCAUGUGAUAAUGAUAUAUUUAUAGACAUUAUAGAAAUAGAUUAAGCAGAUGGUUCCAAUGUUAACAUGAAAAUAUAAAAUAAUUGCUGAUAUGCUAUGACUUCUGUUGAUAUCUGACUAGAAUGUCUAACAUGAAUGUCCAACGAGCUACUUCCUAUGAUGACUGGGUGUGGGUCAAGGAGAAGGCCUUUACCGUGCAAGAGAGCAACACUGUGCCCAUGUUCAUGAUUGAAUGGAAUGACCUUGACAGCGUCUUUGCCGUCACUAGUCGAUCUCGUAGCCGUGUGGCAAGAGACGAACAAGACCAUUCUGAAACUGGAGUUUUCAGUAUUGCUGCCUUGCACAACAUCCACCAGACUUUGCAUGGUAUCAAUAUGUCAGUUCCUAAGCUACCUUCAGGUCUUCCAAGGGAGCCACGAGGCCUUAAAGCUGUAUUUUUUGGCAUGAAGAUUCCCAAAGACAUGAGAUCCACUUGUUUGGAGCUAGAGCAGUACUUUACAAAAGUAGCAGAGCUUGUGGGUAGUCAUGUUCUGCAUGCGGUGAUGUUUCAAGAGUCAGCACAUACAGUGGAUAACUAUUAUGAGAAGAUGACUGAGGUCUACAGACAGGAUUAUGAGCAAAAAAUAGUCCAAGCAGAAGAGGAAUUGAAAACUAUAGCCUUUGAAAGAGACAACUGUACAGUAAUGAAAGAUUUAGAAGAUGUUUACAAGAGAGAAGACGAAGCUGUCAUCAAACUUAUAUCAGCUCUGGCAGAUUAUUACAAUUAUCAACUUCAGCCUUACCUUGACAGUCACAGUUUGGCCACUAAAAAAAUUCAACAUUACAGUCAACAGAUUUCUAGCCCCGAUGUCGGGGAGCGUGUUAAAAAUGAGAGUAUGGAACAGCAUCUCUCCUGGGCAUGUCUCCUCAUUGAAGUGAAUCAAGUCAUUCAAAAUCUGCAGGUGGAGCACAAGUCAAUCAUUGUUACAAUUUUUAAAGGCCUUCUUGAACAAAUAAACAUCGACAAAAACAGAUAUGGAUCCAGUGCUUUUGAUCUUGUAGCUGCUUAUAGAGAACUAAUAUUAUACAAAGAACUCCAUUCAUCAAAAGUACAACUCCUCAUUAGCAAGAGAAAACAAAUGAAACAAAAAAAAGAUAAUAUAUCAAUGCAGAUUCCUGAAAACUCAGGGACUAGUGAGUCAUUGCAAGUCGAUAAACUUGUGUUUGAAAAAGAGAAAUUACAGGAGAAGAUUUUCAACAUAGAGCUUGACAUCUUAGCAGAGAAGAAGAAAUUAAUUAAUGUUAAAAUACAAAUUAGAAAAAGAGAGCUAGCAGAAGCUGAAGAUGAAAAUGUGGUAUUUCAUGAUGCUGUGGAGGAUGUGGAGAUGUUAUCUGAUAAUGAAAGCGAUGAUGAGAAAAGUAUCGUGGAAACAGACAAUGAGCUAAAAAAGUUGAGUCAAGAAAGGGUCAAGGUUACACAACAUCAGGCUAAAAUACGAACAAAGAAGGAGCAAUUUUUAACUACAAUUAGAUCACGGCAGACGCAGGUUGAAGAGGAUGAAAGAAAGUUAUUUCUACACCAUCAAAUUCAAAAGAAACGAGAACAACAAAAAGUGGAAGAAAAACAGAAGUACUCUUUUGUCUUUGAGGAAAGAAAGAAAACUAUAGAAAGAUUAAAAGAAUAUAAAAUUAAAUAUGCCAGUCCAGCAGUUAUUAAACCUCAGCGUUAUCAAAAAGCUAGUGAGAAAAAAGGCAACACGAAAGGUAACGCUGUUAAACCUGGAGACACUAAAGUUAAAAAUGCUCCACAAGCUAUCGCUGCAAAACCAAGUCCACCAAAGCCAUGGAAACAGAGACACAAGACAACUUCAGCACCUAAAGACAUACCAGUCACCAUACUUCUACCAGGAGACAAGGAAAACCUAGAAGUGAACACAGUGUCAUCUGGUCCUCCUUGUGUUCCACCACCACCUCCUCCUCCUCCUCCCCCACCCCCUCCUCCUCCCCCUCCUCCACCACCCCCUCCUGCUCCAGCACCACCCAAAGCAGUCUCUGAAUCCACAUUUAGAAUUAAAAGUGAUAACCUAGAAGAUGGCUUAGGUAAAUUGAAAAAAGUUGACCAAAGAAAGGCUUCCAAUCCAGUAGCCCAUAUUGAUUUAAGUAGUAUUUUGGCUUCCAAGUCAAAACUAAGGCCUGCAGCUGAUCGCCCUGAUAGGCCAACUACAGAUUCUUCCAGUGAUGCUUUGUCAGACAUAUUCCAGAUGAUAAGAUCUGGUGUCAAAUUAAGAAAAGUGGAGAUUGAUUCCACUGAUGAUGUGAUGAAUGUUUCUACGGCUUCAGUCUACAGUCAAGACACUCGGAGUCAGCUUCAUAAUACAUUACUUCAUAAAAUAAGUCAAGGUGUCCGAGGGUCAUCACCUGAUUCAGACGAAGACUGCGACAGCGAGAAUGAUUUUGAUGAUUAAAUUAGUAAGGGGAUAUAAUCAGAGAGUUUUAAAGAUUCAUCAAAAUAUAUUUAUUUACCUGUACUUUAAUUUCCUCUGUAAUUGUUACUUGUGUGUUAAAUUUUCUGAACUAUUAUUUAAUGUGUAAAGAGACAAAAAUAAGUUACUUAAGUAACUUGCAUAUGAAUGUUGAGCAUACAUAAAAUCUAUACAACAUAAUUAGUCAUUUUAUUAAUCAAAAUUAUUUGUCGUUUGUUUGUCGAUUUCAACCUUAGAUACUCUUCAUUAUUAUGUAUUUAUUUACUGUAAUUUAUUAUCAGUUUUAUCAGGAUUCUGAAAUAGUGGUAGCUACAGUAGUUCACUUGUAUUAAUAUUAUCAUAUAAACUGUCUCAGUGGCCUCCUAGAGGACAUGUAAAGAUUUAUGCAGGAUGGACAAAAGUAGGUUAACAGUUAACUUCCAGUAAUGUUUCAGUAACAGUAACCCUAUGUUAAUACUCAGUCUUUGGUUUGUAGCUCCAAACAGCUAUGACAGCUUAACCAAUGUAGGGAUAUUAAAUUCUUUAUGUUUAACUUGAAAUAAAUGUUAACACUUAUUUUUAAACAACUUUAAUAUAACUUUUAUUUAUCAAUAUACAUAGCUUUCAACUUAAUAUAGAUGUAUAUAAGAAUACAAAUUAGAUAAGAUACUUUAAACAAGAUAUUCUGUUAACUCACUAAAAAUACAUGUCCUUCUGACAUACGUCUCUCGUUAUGCGUGUACUCCCCUCUUCGACUUUUAGACCAGUAUUUAAUAACUUGAACUACAAAUGCCACCUAAUGGUUUCAUCAAAAUCUAUUUAGCCUACACAACCAAACCAUCUGCCCACCUUUUCUCAGGUCAUAUCUGCAAACGCUCCAUAACAGUCUACUUCCAGCCAACCAUGUAUAUUCUGGUUAAUGGUUCUUAUGAUGGUAGAGAUGAUUUUAUAUGUGGUAAUGUUUGAGUUACAUACUUCCAACCUACCUGGGGCAGAUUGUUUGGUUGUUAGACUAAUUCAUGUUUUUAAAUUUUUAAAAGCUUAUUAUGAAGUUUUUGAAAAAAUUUGUAACGAAUAUUUUCAAGCAUACUGGUACACAUUUUACAUGUGUUUCUUUAACAAAUAUUUCAGUAGGAAACAAAAGAAAUAUUUUGAUUCUUUUUUUAUUUCUAGGAAGCACAUCACAUACAUAAAAUCACAUACAUGAAAGCUGAACAAAAUAUUCUAUUUGUUUGAAAAUAGCCUACAAACCUAAUCACUAGUUUCAUGUUGAUGUGUGCUUUUGUGUUUUUACUAACCUGCAACAAAAACUCACCUUUCUUCCCUUAUGACAUUUUAAAUUUGUACUAGAUUAAGAAACAUUUACAUGCUUAGCACCAGCAUAAAACAAUCAGAUUUGCUGCAAUAUAAAUUGUAAAUAUUUUUUAUGACAGUUUUUGUAAAUAUUGGAUGACUAAUAUUCAACUUGUUGUUUUUUUUUACUGUUUAAAUAUGUACAAUGAUACUUGUAAAAAGAAGUAAAUUAUUUGUAUAUUCAAA